GGGGGGGACGUGAGCGGCGCGGUGACGUCAGGGCGCGGCGCGAGCGGCAGAGUGCGGUGCGGACGCCAUGAGCAAGGCGCACCCGCCCGAGCUGAAGAAGUUCAUGGACAAGAAGCUGUCAUUGAAAUUGAAUGGCGGCAGACACGUCCAGGGGAUUUUGCGGGGGUUUGAUCCCUUCAUGAACCUCGUCAUCGAUGAGUGCGUGGAGAUGGCGCCGGGAGGGCAACAGAACAACAUCGGCAUGGUGGUAAUACGAGGGAACAGCAUCAUCAAGCCUUGGAACGAGUAUAGCACCAGAGAGACCUGCAUCGUUACCGGCUCUGACUCCUCCUAACCCACCUGUUUUGUUACUGAAUCUGCCACCAAGCAUCCCUGAGCGUAAACUUUUAUUUUUUUCGUUUUGUUAAAUAAAUUUUGUAAUGGUUGAUGUAA